AUGUCUAACAAAAGCUCUUCAAAACAACGAGAGAAAUUAUUGACUGGUUUUCAAUUCAAUUGGAUGAAUUUACGUGAUGCUCAAUCAGGAGAAAGUCUUUGGCAAUCGUCUGAAAAUUUAUCGUUACCGGACGUUGAACAUGAGGCACGAGUACCAAAACGUAUACUUAAAUGUCGAGCGGUUUCACGUGAAAUUAAUUUCUCAUCAGAAGAAGAAAUGCAACACUUUCGUUUAGAACAACGUGUCUAUUUUAAGAACACAGUUAUUGAAGAAUGGGAAUUUUCAUUCGGUUUUGUUAUUCCUGGUUCAACAAACACUUGGCAGUCGUUAAUUGAAGCUGCACCAGAGAAUCAAAUGAUUCCUGCAAAUUUACUCACUGGAAAUAUUGUUAUUGAAACUAAAUUUUUCGAUGGUGAUCUUGAAGUGUCGACAUCCCGCGUUCGUUUACUUUACAUAUAA